AAACCAUCAGUUAUCUUGCCGAACACAUGUCGUCUUAUGAAUCUUCUAUUGCCUGUGACCUUCGGAGUGCACCAAACUCCGAGCUUGCGCUAGUGUACUAUAAUGUCCCGACAUCGCGUCAUCAUCGCGGAAUGCUUUCCGAAACGCCCAUACAAUUUCCACGUCGCCCCCAAGAAUAUCGCACGCCAACUUCGCAACAUGUCAUUCACUCGAAUUUCUCGGGCUGCUAUACCACGCGCCUUUCGCUCCUUCUCCACGACCCGUACGCGCUUCCAAUCCACGAUACCGUACACGCAAUCAUGUCCGUCACCGAGCUGCGAGUGCGCGACAACGCCUCCCGAUCUAGACAUUGAUCGCAAGACACCACUGUUGAACACGAUGGCAGCGUACUCUGAACAAGUUGUAUUCUGUACCGGCAAGGAAGACUGGGUUAGCAACAUCGAGCAGGAAGAGGGCGAAACCGGGGAGUUUGUAAGAGGCCUCAAAGGCGUAAUUGGGAAGGGCGGUACUGGGUUUGAUCCAUUCACAAACGUUCUCAUCACUGCUUCCUCAUUACCGAAGAGUGAAAAGGCAGGCGCGACAACAGCAUUGUUGUUUCCGAGCUUCAAACGCAUACCGAAUAUCCCUCAUACCCCCGAAGCCUUUUCGGACUUUGCAACCGCAUACCUAAAAGCUCGCAAUCUCCACUCCAUGCACGAUGGCCUGUCCGCCGAGCAAAAGUCUCAUCUCCUGCGCGACGAGUCCAAAGCGACCGAACUACCAAAGGCGGAAAGCAUCACCAAACCCACAAUCCUGAUAUGCGGUCACGGCGGCCGUGAUCAGCGCUGCGGUAUCCUCGGGCCUUUGUUACAGUCUGAGUUUCGCUCUGAGUUUCAGCGGAGGGGUAUAGAUGCAAAUGUAGGUUUGAUAAGUCAUAUUGGUGGGCACAAGUAUGCUGGCAAUGUUAUCAUGUACCUACCUCCCAGUAUGGAGGGUAAUGCAUUGAAGGGUUCGGGUAUCUGGUAUGGGCGCAUAGGGCCUGAGAAUGUUGAGGGUGUAGUCGAAGAGACGGUAGUAAGAGGACGUGUCAUUACAGAGCUGCUGAGAGGGGGUGUGAUGCAGGGUGGAGGAAACAUUGGGAGGAUGAUUGAGGCACAGUUGAGGAAGGAUAGCGGGGAAGAGGAUAGUGGAACGUUGAGAUUGAAGGCUAGGGCGAGAGGUUGAUUAUAGGCUCAAGAGUAUCACAACGAUGUGCAUCUUGGAUAGUGGUGACUGUAGCAGAGCGUGAACACUCUCUACACUGGUGGUGACGUUGUCAGCUGCAGUUAGGGCUGUAUCAAAGAACAUCAACAUGGUCUCUGCGUUAAGGCCGAGGCAAAUGCAGGCACGACUAAGGUGGCCUGGACUCUAGUUGAAAAUAUUUCGAUCUGUUGCGAUACUUCUAGGCUCGAUCCGCAAAUGAGGGGUGGUUAGCAACCGUCCCGAUACUGGUUAGCACGUUGAUCAUAACUUCACAACUCUGCUGCUCCUCCCGAGGU